AUGCCUGAAAAUAAAAAUGGCUGUAGUUGUUGUCCCUAUGGGUAUCAUAUUGAUCUGGAUUUUGUAGAUUUUAUUGAAUGUGUUAAUAAAGGAAUCAAAUCAAAGGAAAAUGAUAAUAUUAAUUUUGAAAAACAACAUUCUGAUAAAAUAAUAGAAGAUGAUUCAGAAAAAGUUUAUUCAGAUGUUUCUUCAAAAUAUACUAAUAAUGAUCAAGUUUAUGCAACUCCAUAUGUUAAUAGAAAUAACUAUAAUUCAAUGCCUCGGCCAAAUAAUUUAAGUAUUUCACCAAACAGUAGAUCAUUAGAAGAUAUAAGUAAAAAUUCUUCAUUUAUAACAUAUUCAACAAGAAAUCAUAUUUUAAUAUCACCAACAUUAAAAAUUAAUGAAUAUGUAUAUUCACCAACAUUAAAUUCAAAAUGUAAUACUCUUACAAGAAAUGGAUCAUCAAAUACAUAUUUAUCACCUGGAUAUGGUUUUAGAUCAGCUACAACAACACCAACAAAACAUUAUUAUAAUAAUACUAUUAAUGGAAAUGGUUAUCAUAGUGAUUAUGGUGAAAGAUAUAACUAUUCAAUGACAACAAAAAAUGAUAUUUCAAAUCAUCAUAGAUCUACAAUAAGAAGCCCUAGCAGAUUUAAUACUUCAGGUUAUGAGUCAACAAAAGAAUUAUCAUCAUCAACCUCAAAACCAGAAUAUUUUACUGCUGUCGCUCAAACAAUGUCUCAAAUAAGAUCAAAAUCAAAUCCAGGUACAAAUAGAAAUGUUAAAAAAAAUUUAAAUACAUAUGAUAUGAAAAAAGUUUAUGCUUCAAAACCACCAUUACCACCAUCAACGGGAAGAACACCAUUAACAUCAUUAUUUUUUGAUACAAAUGUAUCAAAAAGAGUUCCAAGUAGAUCAACAACACCAAAUAAUCAAUACCCAUAUAGAAAUGAAGUUAUUAUAACACCUCUUCAAAAAGCAUCAUCAACUGUUUUUGAGAAUGAUCAUUAUUUUCCUGCGUCAUCUCAUUUAACAACAGAAAAAGAUGUUAAUUCAAACAUUCGGAGCUAUACAUCAAAUAAUGGUUCGCAAAUACAGACAAAUCAUUCACUCAUAUCUACUCCCACUCAAUUACAAUCUUAUGUUGGCUCCAAAUCAUUUACAGGCACAUCACUUAUUGAUGAUGAUGUCUUUGCUUCUUUAAGAAGAGAAAAAAAAACUAUUCCAUCAACAGUAUUGAGAAAUACUUCAUCUCAAUUAACAGAUAAUUUUCAUGAUAAUUAUAUAUCAUUAAAAAAAAAUAAUUUGAACAAUAAUGUAAUAUCACCAACAAUCCUUUCACCAACAUUUAAAACAUAUAAAAAUAAUGAUCAAAAAAUUAUGGAAAAAAAUAUUGAAAAUAAAUAUUAUAAUGUUAGAACAAAAAUUAUAAAUGACAAUGAUCAAAUAUAUAAUGAUUUCUUGCCAAUUGAAAAAAGUUAUGAAUAUGAUUAUAGUAAAAAUAUUGAAAAUACUGGUUAUAUUGAGGAAGAUUUAUUUUAUAAUGACAAAAAGAAAAAUAUUUAUAGGGAGAUAAGAAAUGAGGAAAACAUUGAUAAAUUAAUACAAAAUAGUAGAAAUAAGGUUAUUGAUAAAAAAGAUGUUGCAAUUAUGGUUGAGGAUCAUUUAUUUGACAAUGAAAAAAGUACUAUUGAAAGUAAAGAAAUAGGCACUUCCCCAAUUAAUGAAAUUUUAUUAAAUAUUAAAAAUGAAAUAAUUAAUGAAUAUAAUACUUUAAAUAAAUCUAAAUUCAAAGAAAUUCAAAUUCAGACAGAAACAGAAACUGAAAAUGAAAAAGUUGAUGUACAAAUACAGACAGAAGAUAUAAAAAAAAAGACAAAUGAUGUUAGUUGUGGUAUUAAUGUAGAAGAUGAAGGAUAUAUUAUUAUUAAAAAAUCACAAUUAGAUAUUCUUGAAUCUAGAAGUUCUAGAUUAGAAAAUUUAGAAAAAGAAAUUGCUGAAGCAACAAUGAGAAAAGCUGAAUUAGAAGCUAAACAGGAUGCUGAAGAUGCUAAAAUGAAAAUUAUUGAGAUGGCAGCAAGAGAGGAAGCUGAAAUAGCUAUGAAAAAUGCUAUUGAAGCAAUCAAAAUGAAAGAUGUUACAGAGGUUAUGAAAACAGUUGAUGAAUAUAUGGAAAAUGAAGAAGAAGAUGUUGAAAUUGUUUCAUUAACACAUGAUGAUGAUGAUGAUGGAGAUUUAUCAUAUAUUAAUCCAACUCCUGAUUAUAGUAUCAGUAUUAAUGGUCUUUCAAGUGAUUCUAGUGAUAAUGAUUCUGAUUCAGAAUCAAUAACAUUUAAAAAAAAUUGUAAAAAUGAUGAAUAUUUUUAUGAUAAAAGCAAUGACAGUGAUAUUAAAGAUGUUGAAUUAAUUGAAUUUGAAAAGGAAGAAUUUAAUGCAAUGAUGGAAGAAAAUAAUAGUGAUAAUAAAAGAGAAGAAAAUAAUAAUUUAACAGUUAAUACAUUAGAUGAGGAUGAUGAUGAUAAAAAAAUGGAAAAACCUUUACCAAAAUUAUUAAGUCCUGAAAAAACUGAAUCAUUAAAAAAAUUAUUAACUGAUACAUCUGUUAAUUCAUUUCAUCGUGGUGAUACACAUCGUAGUUUUCGUUUAACAAAAUCUAAUGCUAAUGAUUUAUCUAUUAUUGCUGAGAAACAUACAAAUGAAUCUGGUGAUGCUGUACCUCCAACAAGUGCUGUUCAUGAUCCAAGAGCUGUAUUAGCUGGUAAAGUUGAUCUUAAAAAAGAUGCAAGUUUAGGUGUCAAUUCAUAUAUUAAUGGUUUAACACCAAUACCAAUAAAUUUUCCUAAAUUAAUACCAAGACCUAAAAUAAAUAAAAUAAAUUUAAAUCCAGAUAAAGCUGAAAAUAAAGAAGAGGAGGAAGAGGCAACAGAUCGUGUUAUGCCUUUACCAUCAGAAAUGAGAAAAUUUGGAUAUUUCAAAGAUCGCAAUGUAUAUAAUGAUAGAAGAUAUCGUUAUUUAUCAUCUAAAAAAAAUCAACAAAAAGGAAUGGAAGAUGAAGAUGAUGGUUCACAAUCUUCUGACACUUCAGAAGAUUCAAGCCCUGAUGAAACACCAGAUUCUGCACAAGUAGAAAAAAUUAAAUAUGAAGUUAAAGUUCCAUUACAAGAAGCAUUAAGAUUAAUGUUAAAAUUUGUUGAAAAUCCUGGAAAUAUUACACCAAGUGUUGCUGAUUGGGCAAUUAAAUAUGUUAAACAUGAGUGGAUGAGAUUAACUACAAAAGAGGAUACUGAUAUUGAUGCAAUAGCAACAUUAUUAGAAUAUAUUCGUGAUGUAUCUGUUGAUUUAUUAAAAGCUGUUGUUAAUUUAUGUGAUCAAAAUGAUAAUACAGCAUUACAUUUUGCUAUAGCAAAUUCUAAAUUUGACGUUGUUAGUGUUUUAUUAGAUUCUCAUGUUUGUGAAAUGGAUAAACCUAAUAAAGCUGGUUAUAGUGCUAUAAUGAUUGGUGCAACAACACCAACAAAAGAUGAAGCACAUGCAUCUAUUAUUGAUAGAUUAUUUAGAUCAGGGAAUGUAAAUGCUCGUUCAUUGUCACAUGGUCAAACAGCUUUAAUGUUAGCUGCCUCAUGUAAUAAUGAAUCAGCUGUAAAAGGUCUUCUUGAUUUAGGUGCUGAUGUAAAUAUACAAGAUUUUGAGGGUUCAACAGCAUUAAUGGUUAUUGCUGAACAUGGUCAUGUUGAAUUAGCCAAAUUACUUCUUGAUCAUCCAGAUAUUGAUACAUCUAUUACAGAUUGUGAUGAACAAACAGCAUUAUCAAUUGCCGUUGGAAAUAAAUAUCAUUCAAUUGCUGCUUUGAUAUACGCUUACAAUAAUCAUACGCUUAAAAAAAAGGAAUCCUCAAUUCAAUAA